AUGGACGAGCAAAACCCUUCCAAAGAUUGGGGGUCAAAGCGCAUGAUACGCUGGCUGAAGAACUUGCGUCGCCGGAGCUCGAAGAAAUACAUCAAGCUGGUUCAGCAUCCGCUCGCAACGAAGGAAGAAUCGAAACCUCAUCAUCCGCUCGCAGCGAGGAAGGAAUAUCAACUUCAACACCCGAUCGCUGCGGACGAAGAAUCGAAGCCUCAUCAUCCACUAGCAGUGGACGAAGAAUCUCAACCUCAACAUCCGCUCACAGCGGACGAAGAAUCUCAGUCUCAUCAAUCGCUCGAAGCGAGGGAGGAAUCUCAGCCUCAACAUUUCCUCGCGAUGUUGCCCCUGGAAAUCCAGGACCAAAUUCUGGAGCUGCUCCCUGUUUUCGACAUCGUGAAGAUUCAGCCAAAAGGAGCUCUGGACCUACAGCCCGAGGGUGCCGUUCCAGAGAUGGCUGCGAUUGGACCACCUUCCCGGAUUGGAACAUCUUCCCCGAUUAAAUGGCGGUUCAACUUACACAGCACAAGACUGGAGAGGCAUGUCGAACGCCACUUCACAAAGGCUCGAGGAGAUGUUGUCCCACGUUUCAGACAAUAUCUCGCCCACCGCGGACUAUAUCUGAGGACGAUCAGCACAUGGAGCGCUGACAUUGCAUUUGAUGUUUGUGAGGGGUUUGCAAUCAUCGAAUUCUGCCGAUCGAAGAUGCGGCAGAGGGGAGACACGGUCCAUCGGAGGAGAGAGCGCGCUUUGGUGUCCUCUGGACUGCAAGAGAUCGUUACAUUGCUUCGCAGGCUCCUGGAUAUUCACAUCUUCGCGCAUGUUGAACGUACACUCCCCCCCUCAGGUUUCCUCCAAUCCUUCCUACGCCUCACGGAACCGCCUGUAUUACCCACCCUUCACCUUAGCCGAGAGCGUCGAACGGGUAUGUACCACGAUAUUGUGAAGCAUGGCUUGGUUAAAAAGAGGCGUGGUAUUUGGAAUUGGCCUCACGGAGAAGGGCUCCCUCGCUAUCCUCUCACACCGUUGUGCAUUCCUGGCAUCGUUGACGAGACGCUCAGAGAGAGAUACGAAGGCUUAUGUUCUGUUCCGACGCUGGGUUGGAUUUUGGGUUGCGAAUGGAUGGAAAGAAUGAUCGACCCCAUGGGAGAAUACGCCUUUUGCGUGGAGACUCUAUACGCGUGGAUGAAAGUGGAUGCGGCUCUGAAGUCAGGAAGACCUCUACACCACACGUAUGCAGCCUUAGUGGUGAGCCAGAUGUUUGUCUUUUGA